CCAUUUCUCCUGGGCAGCAGUAUUCAUGUCUUGAGGGAUAUUGAUCAGCUCCGGACAUAAUACUAGUUACGGCCACCAUAACGCUGGACGAGGGAGGUUGGAAAGGUCCCCUUCACCCCCAUUCCCAUCAGCACACGGGACCCGGGGGGCCAGCGAUACCUUUGGGAGUUGCUGGACCACCUCACGGCGUUCUACCUCAUUCUCUACAUCCCAGCAGCCCGGCAUACGGACAUCCGCCGUAUUCGUCAAUUGCAACAGUACCAAAUAACCCCGUUCAUCAGUGUCCUUCUGGACCCAUGCCAGGACCUAUGCCGCCCCAUCAUCCUGGACCUGGGGUUGUUUCCCACCCGCCCGGCAUGCCUGAUGGACGCCCAUUGGAUCACGGACGUCACACUCCAUAUUUUGGACAGCCUGAUUAUAGAAUAUAUGAAAUGAAUAAAAGGCUACAACUACGAACUGAGGACAGUGAUAAUCUUUGGUGGGAUACAUUUGCCACAGAAUUUUUUGAAGAUGAUGCAACAUUGACAUUGACAUUUUGUUUGGAAGAUGGACCAAAGAGAUAUACAAUAGGCAGAACCUUAAUUCCACGAUACUUCCGAAGUAUAUUUGAAGGAGGAGUAACUGAUUUAUAUUUUAAUCUGAAGCAUCCUAAGGAGUCCUUCCACAAUACAACCAUUACCUUAGACUGUGAUCAGUGUUCCAUGGUUGCUCAUCAUGGGAAGCCCAUGUACAACAAAGUAAGUGUGGGGUCGUCCAUAAUGAGAAGUUCAAGUACAACAAAGUAAGUAUGGGGUCGUCCAUAAUGGGAAGUUCAUGUACAACAAAGUAAGUGUGGGGUCGUCCAUAAUGAAAAGUUCAUGUACAACAAA